AUGUUGCCCCUCGUUGCCCUGUUUCUCCUGAUCGGGCAGUCAGUGUGCACUACAACAGGGGACAGAGAGGAUCUGACCCUCAGCACAGAAGCAGAGUCGUGGAUGACCAUGAACCCCAGCAUUGAACUCCAGCUUCAGGAGUUGAAGAGAAGCAGAACUCGCCAGUUCUACGGUCUGAUGGGGAAGCGGGUGGAAGGAAUACGUCCGAUCCAGCCAAGGGAAGGAAUGGGUUAUCAGCUGGGACGAAUAAUGCAGGACCUCCUUGGCGCGAGAGGCUUCUCCAUAGAAGGAGCCUGCAGACAGGAGACACACCACGAGAGUGCAGAGCCUGGAGCAGUGGCCAGGGAAGGCCUCCAGAGUCAAACAGGAAGACCAGACCCUCUCAAUCACCAGCAACGUGUAGCACUCUCCCUGGACACGGAAGAGGAUGACCAGGGUUUAGAGUGAGCCCCAAAGGACGCUUCCCAAAUGAUGCCAUGCCCAC